GCGUCAAGCGCGAUGCGGUGUUGAGGAGGCCGCCGCCGCCGACCCUGAGGAGGCCGCCGCUACCGCCGCCGUCCCCGGCCCCUGCCGCUGGGACCCGCUGCCGUCUGCCAGCCCCGCUCUCCGGCUGUUCCCGCCGCUGCCGCCAUGUCUGCGGGCUUCUCCUUCGGCGCGGGGACUCUGGGCUCCGCGGCGGCCGCCGCUGCCGGGGCAGGAGGAGGAGGCGGGGGCGGGGGCUUUUCCUUCGGAGCCGCCACGCCGAGCUCAACAGGAGGACUUAAUUUUGGAACUCUGGGCUCUUCCACUGCUACAGCAACUACAUCAGCUCCUUCAGUGGGCUUUGGGAGUGGACUUUUUGGAUCAAAAUCAACCACUGGCUUUACACUAGGAGGCACCAGUACAGCAGGAACAGCAACAACGAUUGCUACAGGACUGACACUAGGCACGCCAGCCACCACAUCAGCAGCUACCACAGGCUUUAGUUUAGGUUUCAACAAACCUGCAGGUUCGGCCACGCCAUUUGCUUUACCUGUUACUUCUACCUCAGCGGGUGGCCUGUCAUUAUCAUCUGCUCUUACAUCGACUCCCGCAGCAGGAACUACUGGCUUUACAUUAAAUUUGGGUGGCACAACUGCUCCAACUACAACUGCCUCCACAGGCCUUUCCCUAGGAGGAGCCUUAGCAGGUUUAGGAGGUUCACUCUUCCAGAAUACAAGCACAACAGCAACAGGACUUGGGCAGAAUGCUUUGAGUUUGACUCUGGGGACAACUGUGGCUCCUUCAACUACUGCCAAUGAAGGUCUUGGUGGCAUUGAUUUUAGUAGUUCUUCAGACAAAAAGAGUGACAAAACAGGAACAAGACCAGAAGAUAGCAAAGCACUAAAGGACGAAAAUCUACCUCCAGUAAUCUGUCAAGAUGUGGAAAACCUACAGAAAUUUGUGAAAGAACAAAAACAAGUUCAGGAAGAAAUUAGUAGGAUGUCCUCUAAAGCAAUGCUUAAAGUACAGGAAGACAUUAAAGCUUUGAAACAACUUCUGUCUGUGGUUGCCAGUGGAUUACAGAGAAACACUCUUAAUAUUGACAAGCUGAAAGUGGAAACUGCACAGGAGCUAAAAAAUGCAGAAAUAGCAUUACGAACACAGAAAACUCCUCCUGGUCUCCAGCAUGAAAAUACGGCCCCAGCAGACUACUUCAGAAUCUUGGUCGAGCAGUUUGAAGUACAGCUGCAGCAAUACAGGCAACAAAUAGAAGAACUGGAGAAUCAUCUUGCAACUCAAGCAAAUAAUUCACACAUAACUCCACAAGAUUUGUCUAUGGCUAUGCAGAAAAUCUAUCAAACAUUUGUAGCUUUAGCUGCACAACUUCAAUCAAUACAUGAAAAUGUAAAGAUGCUCAAAGACCAAUACCUUGGCUACAGGAAAACCUUUCUGGGAGAUGCCAUGGAUGUGUUUGAGGCAAGACGAACAGAAGCUAAGAAGUGGCAGAGCGCGCCACGUGUUACCACUGGACCGACCCCUUUCAGCAACAUACCAAAUGCAGCAGCCGUUGCGAUGGCUGCAACACUUACUCAGCAGCAACAGCCUGCUACAGGGCCACAGCCAUCUCUGGGAGUUAGUUUUGGAACGCCAUUCGGCUCAGGUAUUGGCACUGGCUUGCAAUCAAGUGGCUUAGGUUCUUCAAGCCUUGGAGGAUUUGGAAGUAGCUCUGCCUUUGGAAGUAGUGCCACAGGAGCAUCAUCAUUUGGGUUUGGAACUACAAGUAAACCAUCAGGAAGUCUAAGCGCAGGCUUUGGCAGCUCGACUACAUCUGGGUUUAACUUCAGCAAUCCUGGCAUCACAGCAUCAGCUGGCCUGACGUUCGGGGUGUCUAAUCCUGCAUCUGCAGGCUUUGGGACAGGAGGGCAACUUCUUCAGCUGAAGAAACCUCCAGCUGGAAACAAGCGAGGGAAAAGAUAGGCACCCCUUUUAGGGAAGGGAAAGUGAAUCAACUUUGUUCAUCUGAAAAGUAUAUUUUUCUAGAUUGAUGCAUUAAUUAAAUUGCAUCCCAGGAGAUUUAUAAAGAUUUUGCUACUUUUCCCUAGUCUGAAAUACAAAAUGAAACCAUAUUGAACAGCUAUUUUCUUGUGAAUAGAAACUCGUUUAUGUAUUUUUAUUUUUGGCCCUAGUUUUAGAAAUGUUCUAUACUGCAUUAUUAUUAAAGAAUCUUGUAAAACCAUCUAUUUAACCUAAUGUUAGUAGCAGAAUAUUUUUUGUUAAUAAGCUUUAUACCAUAUGAAUAUAUGCAUAUUUGUUUUUUUGUACAGAUAAAAUAUAUUCUAGUACAAAUACUAGAGUUCAUAUCUUCUGUUCCUGGAUAUGGCCUUUAAAUCUACUUCAGGGUGUUUUUGUGUAUAUGGAUGUAAAUAUAUACAGUACAGUGCACACAUCUGUGUGUAUGUAUGUGUAUAUAUAUAUGUGUAUAAAAUACAGAUGUGCAAACCUUGCCCCAUAGAGAGGUCUCCUUUUCUUUGUGUGUUCUGUUUCUCCGUGUUGCCCUGUGGUCCCCUAUCUUGAUGUUCCUAGGAGUUUCAAAUAGCGGGUCCCGGGCUAUGUCAGCAUUGCUUCUUGUGGUUUGUUGUUUAAGACCAGC